AUGUCAGGUUCUCAAGGUAAUACUGGACCUACCAACAGUUCAAUUAAUACAAAUCCAAGUCAACUUAGUUCAACCCAAGGAAAUACAGGACCACCCACUACCUCAACUAAUGUUAAUCAAGGUCAAGGUGAUAAUACCUCAACUAAUUCAACUCCACCAGCAGGUCCUCCACCAAAUUAUGCAUUUGCCAUUCCUCACUAUCCAUAUCGUCAAUACCUAGGUGAAAACCCUAGUCAAUCAGAUUUAGUUAGGUUUUUAGAUGAAGUCGGAGUGGUAAGCAAUUCAUUACAAGUUAUUUGUAGAGAUAUUCAACAGGAACAUAAUAGACUACAACUCAGACUUGGAAGAGCUGAGGAAUCAACUCAGGAAUAUUAUGAUUUAUCAAGAGAUUUAACAAAUAACAUCAACAAAUGGAAGGAACAUGUAGACAGAACAGAAAGUGAGUUAAGAUCCAAAGUAUCAACUUAUGAAUCAGUUAUUCAGCUGAUGUUAGCACGUCAACAACAACAAGAUACCAAUAUGCAAAAUCAAGCUCAAACUACAUCAAGAUUACAAGAACAACAAGAAACCAUUGUAAAUGAAGCAGAUAAUCAAAUAAGAGAUAUUAUUAAUAGAUUGAAUCAACAAGAUAAUCAAGGUUCACAAAUACAAUCUAGUAUUCAAACUUUAAAUUCAACUAUGAAUACAUUGGUUUCCAGAUUAAACAAUUUAGACAACAGAAUGAAUGCAACUAACCAACAAACUGAUUUUACUGCAGAUAUUCCAUUGAGAGAAUUUCAUUUGGGAAAUCAACCACCAAAUCAACCAUCAAAUCAACCAGCUCAACCAACAAAUCAACCAGCUCAACCAGCUCAACCACCAGCUCAACCACCAGCUCAACCACCAACUCAACCACCAGCUCAACCUCCGAAUGAUCAACCACCAGCUCAACCUCCAGCUAAUCAAAAUGUAACAUCAAGAGAGUACCAUGAUAAUUUAGUUCAAGAUAUAGUUUCAAGAAAUCCAAAUUCAUUAUCUCAGUAUCUUUAUGGAUUAAGCAUUGAUCAAGCAAUUAAGGAUGAUAUUAAACGCUAUCUACCAUUCAUUUUUUUUAAAGCUCCACCUGAAUGUACUGACGUUGCUAGACCACCACCAUUUAAAAGUGAUUUAAUGAUCCACACCAUUAAGGAUAAAGAUAAGGUGAACAAGUUAAAGAAACUCCAAAGUUACUUGUUGCAAUCAAGGGUAAAUUUUUCAUUAUAUGGAGCAAUUUUAGAAACUUAUUUAGGAGCAGAUUUCGAAGCAACAAUAUCAUAUCAUAAAAAUAAUCCUAUUGAUGGUAUUUUCGGUUAUAUUGAUGUAAUCAUAUCAUUUGUGGAAGUUUGUAAUCUUAGUUGGGAUAACUGUGUAAAUUAUUCAAAUGCUUUAGGUUUAAGACCAGUUAUAGGAGAAGAUGCAGUCCAAUUCAUUACCAAAUACCAAAAUCAACAUUAUAAUGCUAAAUCAUUUUCAAAUGAUUUUGUUGCAGCAAAGUUAAAUUUAUUAGCUAUUCUCCAUAGUUUUUUUCCAGACAAAAUUUAUGAUAGAGAUUGGUUUGAGAUUAAUGAAAUAAAUACUUUCUACACCAAAUUAAAACAAAGAUUAAAUGGAUUAAAAUUCAAGAAAGCAGUAAUAAGUGAUUUAUCAUUAAACUGGGUUAACAAUUCCAAUUUUCAAUCAUCUAAUACAACUCAUUUCAAUACAAGCUCAAACUACAAUAAAAAUCCAUCAUCAAAUUAUGAUUCAUCAACUGCAGUUAGAAAAUGGAUUCCAAGAAAUCAAUAUAAUUCUUUCAACAAGAGCAAAUCCUAUUCUAAACCUUAUAAAAAAUAUUUCAAAAGAGGCACUGCUAAAGGAUAUGUUAAAAAUUCUGGUCAAAAAUCCAAAAAGAUUUACAAUUUAGAAAUUGAUCAAGAACUUUCAGUUCAAAGUGACUGUUUAUUAGCUCAUAUCAUUGCUGAUGAUAAAAUUACCCAAGAUGUCUAUGAAGUUGAAAUUAUUGAAGGCACUUUUGAAGAAUUACCACAAGAACAAGAUACUUUAUCCAAUGAAAGUAUUAAUGAAGAUGGUAUUGAAGAAGAAAUUCAACAACUUGAACAUGGGUUUGAUAUAGAAGAAUUGGAUAUAUACAAUAUUGAAUUAAAUGAAAUAGAGGUAGACAUGACAACCAAUGUAUUAGAAAAUAUCAUUAUGGAUUCAGGAGCUUCAGCUAACUUCAUUAAUUAUUCCAAUAUAAAAAAAUUAGAUGAAAAUGCAAAGAUAAUUCCACUUCAAAAACCAGUUAAUGCAAAAACUGCUAGUAAUAUUAAUCAUUUGAUAACAAAUAAGGCAAAAAUUAGACUCCCAGAGCCGUUCAAUAUUGAUAUUGAAUUUUAUAUAAUGCCCAAGUUAAAGAAAAUUAUUAUUGGUUAUCAAGAAAUGGCAAGGUUAAAUUAUAAAGUAGAUCCAUCAGGACAAUCUAUUACAAUUGAUGACAAAAUCAUUUACUUAAAGAAUUAUUUAAAACAAGGUUCAAGUGUUGAUACAAAUCUUAAUCAAGUUGAUGAAAGUGUUAUUCAAAAUGAAAAUGAAUUUAAUUUACAUGAUAAUACAAAUACUACCACCACUAAAGCUAUAAUUCCUAUAGAUGGUCAAAAGAGUUUAAUAUCAACCACAACCUCAACAGUUUAUAAUGAAAUUGAUGAUUUAUCUGAAAAACCAAAAUGGAGUAUUGAACCAGAAUUAGAACCAAUUGAAGAAGAAUUAUCAAACAAUGAAUCUCCAUUUUCAAAUAGACCAUUUAAAUUUAAAAUAUUAGUAUCAGAUGAGACUCCAAUUUAUUCAAAACCAUAUCGUACAUCACCAGAAGAAAGUAAAGCCAUAAAGAAAUUUAUAACUGAUAAUGUUGCAGCUGGUGUAUUAAUUCCUGCUCAGCCAGGUUCAUGGUUUCAUCCUAUUUUUCCAAUUAGAAAUAAGAAGAAUAAUGAAGGAAAAUUGGAUAAUUCAAAGUUAAAACUAGCUGUGGAUUUACGGAGAUUGAAUAAGAGAACAAUAAAAGAGUUUUAUUAUACAAAAUGUCUCAAUGACUUAAAAGUUGCUAUAAAAGAUUCCAACUUAUUUACUUGUUUGGACUUAAAGAAUGCUUAUUAUCAGCUUCAACUAUCAGAUGAAUCAAUAAAAUACGUGGGAAUAGCCACAGAAUUUGGUUCAUACAAUUUCAAAAGCGUUCCGUUUGGAUUAGUCAACGCUCCAUAUCAAUUCACUAAAUUUAUUUCAAAUAUUUUACAAGAUAUGGAUAAUUUAUUUGUAUAUAUCCACGAUAUAAUAAUCUUUAAUACCAAUUUACAAGAUCAUAUAAAAUCAUUAUUUGAAGUAUUAAGAAGAUUAAAUCAAGAAGGACUUCAAAUUAAUUUAAACAAAACUCAACUCAUUCAACCACAAGUUGUAUUUUUAGGUUACAAAAUUUCAAAAGGCAAAAUUUCACCUACAUUAGAUAAAAUCAAUGCCAUAAAAUCCUGGAAUAAACCAACCACCACAACUUCCCUUAGAAGCUUUGUCUCAUUCUUAAAUCACUUUAGAGAAUUCAUCCCAAAUUUAUCAAAGUAUACAGCUCCACUAAAUGAUCUUUUAAAAUCUAAUAUCCAGAAAAAUAAACCAAUCAUUCAUACAGAAGAAUCUACAAAAUGUUUUGAGUUAUUGAAAGAAUUAGUUACAGGAUUACCAACACUCAAACUAUUUGAUCCUAAUAUUGAUGUCAUUAUAUUUACUGAUGCUCUGAAAGAUUGUGUUGGAGGAAUCAUUAGUCAACCACAUAUCAUAAAUGAUAAGAUAUUAUUAUUACCUUUAGUAUUUUCAUCUCAUAAAUUAAAUCUGGUUCAAAUCAAUUAUUCAGUCAUGGAAAAAGAACUUCUCAGUAUAGUUACUAUAUUAUCAAAAUAUUAUUAUUUGUUGAAUAAUAAGGUUACUGUUUACACUGAUCAUCAAAGUUUAAAAACAGUUAACCAAACUUCUGGGGCAAUUCCUCAAAGAAUUGCGAGAUUUUUAGAUCUCAUUUCAUCAUUUAAUGUCACAAUUUAUUAUCUCCCACAAAAAUAUAACUUUAUGAGUGAUAUUAUUACAAGAUAUCAGGUUCAAAAUGUCCAAGAAAUGGUUAAUGAAAAGGAAAUGUUAAAGAAUUCAUUACAAGUAUCUAUGAAUAUGAUAAGUAUUGAAAAUUUAAAUGAAUCACAAUUGGAUUUAAUUAAGAAAAGAUUGAAUCAAGAAGAUGAUGAAGAAUUAACAGAUCAAGAAAAGGAAGAAUUGAAAGAACUUCCAUAUAAUGAAUUUGUCAUAUUAAACAAUGAAUUACAUAUUAUUAGAAACAAAAUGGUUUUACAAUAUUUAGAUCGUGAAGAUUAUUCAAAAAUUUUACAACAACUUCAUUCAUAUCAUCAUCCAAGUAUUAGAGUAACAAAUUACUUAGCAUCAUUAAAAUACUGGAACCCAGAUGAUUUAAUUUUAGCUACUAAUGUGGUAAGACACUGUCAUGUGUGUCAAAUUCAUCAACCUAUUGCUCAUGUAACUAGACAACUUCAACCACUUCAACCAUUAAAAAUUUUCAAUCGUAUCAGUAUGGAUUGGGCAGGACCAAUUUUAUCAGUAGAUGGUUAUGACCAUAUUUUAGUAGUUGGUGAAUAUAUAUCAGGUCUUUGUUUUGCUAUUCCAGUUAGAGGUAGAUCAUCAAAUGCUGCUGUUAGUUUCUUAAAAAUAAUAUUAGGUACAAUGCCUUUUCCAAAAGUAUUAUUAACAGAUAACGGUGCUGAAUUUACUUCAUUUGAAUUUGAAAGAUUUUGUAUGGAUGCUUCAAUUACUCACAAAACAACUAGUGCAAGACAUCCAUUAGCAAAUGGCAGAAUAGAAGGAAUUAUUAAAUCAUUAAAGAAGGUUUUAUUAGCAAUUACUGGAUCAACUUAUGCAAAUUGGCCAGAUAAAUUAAGAGAAGCUUUAAGAAUAUAUAAUUCUACGCCCACCAUUUUCAAUCUAACCCCGUGGUUUUUGGCUUUCAGUGUUGAUCAAGAAAACACAUUAUCAGAAUUACAAAAAUCUAUGAUGAAAGAAUUUGAAUUAGAACUUAACAAUCCAGAAAAUGAAGAAGAAGAAGAAGAACAAGAAUAUCAUAGAGAUUUAGUUUACCUUAGAUUAUAUGAAUUACAAGUUUUAAAUUCAGAAAGAGAAGAACAUACCGAUAGCAAAUUAAAAAAGAUAGUCAUUAGAAAUUUAUUAAAACAACAGUACGCUACACCAGCAAAGUUUUUCAAAGGACAGUGGGUCUAUUUAAAAGUUGUUAAAUCACAUAAAUAUAAUGCUAAUUUUGCUGGUCCAAUGCAAAUUUCAAGAGUUUUAGGUAAAGGAAGCUAUGAAUUAUUAGAUACAGAUGGUUAUUUAUUAGGUGUCUAUCAUCAUGAUGAUUUAGUUUUAGCUUUUCAAUUUGAAAACUCACCAAUACAAGCAUUAAGUUCAUUAAAGGAUAACUUCAAGAAAAUGGAAUCUAAGGUAUCAAGAAAGAUUAUUAAUGAAUUAAAUUUUACACAAAUAGUUACAGAAGAUACUUUAAAUUAUAACAGUUUAAUUAAGAAAAGAGAAUUAUUGGAUAUCUUACUGUUAACAACUCAAGAUGCUCAAGGAGAAGAGGGAAGAGUGUAG